AAACUUCAUGGGAAUAUAAAACACCUCUAGAAAGAUGGUAUAUCCUUUUCAAUUUCUUCAAGAAGAUAGGAGAUUUUUGUCAAAUCCGUAUGCUUAGCGAUCAAACAAUCGGAUUUGUUGGAUAUAUACCGGCCAUAAGUGGAAUCGUGCACUACAAUUUGCUGAUUUAUACUAUGUAUUAUUACACAAUUCGUGGUCGUUUUUUGGAGUGUCUGCCAAGUUUUUGUAUUUUUGGAAUUAUGAAUGCAACAUAUGCAUAUUACUUGUCCAUUCUCGGGGAUAAAAUGAAAGAAUGGUUCAGAUUGAUUAUUAUUCCCGGAAAACACAUUUACCGUGACAAUCGGCAGCUAACAAACUACAAUCGAAUUUGUGAAGAAAGCCUUAGCUUUUCGAUUAAAGCGUACAUCAUAAAGAUGAUGGUGAUAAUUAUUUCAUUUGUUGGAGCAACUAUUGGACCAUUCUAUCGAUAUCUGAACGAUGGAACAUUGGUUACGUUUUACGCUUUGAAAUUGCCAUACUAUCACGAUGAUUUAAACAAGGAAUUUAUGAUAAAUGCAAUAUGGCAAUUUGGGAUCACCAUAUUUGGCGGUGUUGCACUCUUUUUCAUGGAAGGUAUACUUACUUUGAUCGAUGACACUGUUACCGUUUCAUCGAAAUUGUCUCAAUUGGAAUUCGAAGAACUAUCAGAUUUUCUCGAAAAUGAAUCGAAAACCAUUCAAAAAUCACGUAAAAAACUAACGGAUAUCUUCAUGAAAAUUGCAUACUUUGAUGAGAUUAUUCAAUUUUUGGGAGAUAUUUUGUAUUUGAGAAACUUUUUAGCUCCGCCGACGUUUUCUAUUUCAAUAGCAAUAUCGGUUUAUAGUCAAAAAGUGAUGGACUAUCCGGCUGGAUAUGGAUUGGCGGUCGUUUCUUACAUUCAAAUGGCUGUCAUGUGUGUUUUGGGACAGCAUAUUUCGGAUCGAAAUGAUCGUUUAGUCACAGCAAUUUACGACUUUAAAUGGUAUCUUUUACCAAAAGACGAUCAAAAGGAUGUACUACAUAUGCUUCUCCGACUUCAGAAUGAGGUCUCUUUCACAAUCGGACCAUUUGAGGAAUUAAAUUUUGAAACUUUAAAGAAUCUUUGCCAAAAGGUCUACUCAUUUUUGAUGUUUUUAAGCAGAUUUACCGAAUAGAGAAACCACUUUUGUUGAAAAAUAUUGGUCAC